AAACACCAACGCACAGCUAUGGAGGCAACUCGAUUCGCGCUACUCGUGGCCAUUAUCGGAGCCGUACACGCAGCUCCAAAAGAGAGAUUUAUGACACCAGCGCUUGCACCAACUGACAAGCACGAAUGCGGAUACGAUCAGUUUCAGUGCAACAAUGGGCAGUGCAUUCCCUCGUAUUUGGUAUGUGACUACUACCCCAAUUGCGAUGACGGUUCAGACGAGGAGAACUGUGAUGAAUAUUGGUGUACCUUUUCUUAUUCGGACUCUGACGAUUACGUGACUGACGAGCCAUCUGAUUACUGGACCACCGAAUACGCCAGCUCUGAGUACACCACCGACUACGUGACAGACGAGCCAUCCGAUUACUGGACCACUGAGUACUUCAGCUCCGACAUGUACACAACCGAUUACGUGACGGACGACAGCUCCGACUAUCAUGCUUGUACCGAUUCGUACGUGUACGAGAACGAAUGCAGGGAUGAUCAAUUUCGCUGCAACAAUGGGGAGUGCAUUGCCUCGUAUUUGGUAUGUGACUGCUACCCCAAUUGCGUGGACGGUUCCGACGAGGCGCACUGUGAGGACCAUUACGUGACAGAAGAGCCGUCAGAUUACUGGACCACCGAAUACUCCAUAUAAGUAUUACUUCAAAUUCCAAAUUUGGCAGAGGGUGUAACUUUAACCCUGUUAAAAAGGUAAAUCGUUUGCUCCAAAACGCCAUUAAUUAUUACAGUUGUCCGUUUAGAAAGCCAUUUAUUAAGACAGUUUCCUGUUUUACUUUGAGAAAUUAAUGAUUUGUGAGGUCUACGUCUGUUCAAGGCGUAGUUAAGCCCAGGUUUGUACUGUCCAGCAAGUAAAUCAACAUGUUCUGGCUGUGUCGAAGUCAAAUCAAACCUCCAUGUGGUGUGUUUUUUUUUUAUUCUUUCCUGAUUACACGGUGAAGCGCUCCUCCACGGAGAUGCAACUUUAACCCUAUUAAAAAGAUUUUAAGAACUCGGUUGUCCCAUGCCUGAUAAUUAUUUAAAGCUUCGUAUGCGUGUUAUUAAGGUUUCAAUUCAUUCCAACAUGGAGUUUUGUUACGAACUGUGAAGAAACCCUUACUGUUUCAACCAACAAAAUCGAAGUCUAUACCGAAUCUGUCCGUUUCGAAAACGCUCUGUGUGUCUCCUUUUUUUUUCUUUUCUUUUUUUUGAAGGACAACCAGUUGCACUUUAUGCCAUUCUUUUUGUUUCUGGUUGCAUUUGAACAGACGAGACCUCCAACUAUAAUGCUUGUACCGAUAUGUACGUUCAUAAGUAAUUUGCCACACCACUAAGUAGAAACCAUUUAAAAUAUGUAUAGUGCUGGUUGCCAGGGAUUUUCUUCCGUUGAUGCGGUGUACCCGUCUGUACAAUCGAAAGAGAAAAGCUCAGUGACAGGUUCAGCUUUUGGACCUUACAAAGCUGUAGAAUUCAGAUCCUUGGGGUGUUGAUACAUGAGAGUUUGGAAGUUAUUGUCUGAAUUUCUGUCCCACUGGGACAUUCCAUCAAAAAGCAUGCUGUUGGUAUUAUAUUGGCAUACCAGAAGUAGUUUCCAAAUUAUUACAAAUGAAGCAUAUCAGGAAUAAAAGAACGCAGCAAAGAGUAAAUGAAGAAUUUGAAUCUAGCUAAAUUAGUGAUUAAAUUUUGAUAAUAAAAGAUCCCAAACCAUUGUUAACGUAAAAGAGCUAGACGUAAUAGAAUAUAUCUUCAGUAUUUUGACUGAUAAACCUGAAGAGUUAUCGAAAGACAAAAAAGUGCGUUCUUGGCAAUGCACAUAAGGAUGUUAUUCUAAUUAUUCUAAUAAUUGUGGGUUAUUCCAAAAAAUCAACACCUUGUGCAACUUAUUGGAUGCCAUAAGUGAAUGUCUUUUCGCUGUGAUACAAAACACCAGAUAAUCAUGAGUGUUCUUGUAUAGAGCUAAUGGAGUCUGCGGUGAAUAAUAUCACUAGUUUACUUAUCUACCCCAAAUAUUUUGAAUUCAAUUUCUGGGUUGUAGCAUACAGUAGUUUGAACUAAAGCUUCCUCCGUCAAACGUAUCAAAGGAAUAAAAAUAAGUUUGAAAUGAAGUGGUUUUAAGUUGAAAUUGUGCAAUAAAGUCUAAGAAGAAACAGCAUAA